AGUAGAGAAAAGGGGUUGGCUUUGUGUAAUAACUUUUUGACUUUUUGACUAUUUUGUUAAGUUGCCAAACCACCAGUGUCUAUGAAAGUGAUAUCCUUGAUUAAAUGGUCGUUAAGGUGUUUGCCCAUUUAAAUUUUAGGCGAGCUAUAAAGUUGAUCUAUGAAUGAAAAAUAAGUAUUUCUUGAUUAAUAGGAAUCUAAUAGUUUUGAAGAAAAGUAAGACAAUGCUUUCUACCCUUAUGAAUUCAACUUUUACUGGUUCAAUCUAUUAUUACACUACAAUAUUUGUCUUUUCUCCAAAUGAAUUCUGAUGCAGGGGAAAGAACGUUUCUAGAGGUAAAAUUAUUGUAUGUUCUAUAAUAUUCUAAAUUGGUAAUUGUCGAACAAGUAAAUAGAGUAUAAAAAUUGACCAGGACUUGGUGGGUGACAUUGACUACCUUAAGUAGGUAGCAUAUUUGAUUUUGGCACAUUGGAAUUCAUUUUUAUAACAACUUAGUGUUUUGUUUGGAACAGGGUACUAGAUUGCUUCUUAAGUAAACAUGGCACGGAGUGGUGGAAAAGAUUUUGUUUCGAUGAAUAUUUAUGACAUGCUUGAAGGUUUCUCCCAUUCACCAAUGGAGUUUUGUAUAUUUAGAUUACAUGAAGAACUACGUCAGUUAAACGACAAGGCCUAUGACCCAGAGAUUAUUUCAAUAGGUCCUUACCACCGUGGUAAACAAAACCUACAGAUGAUGGAGCGGCACAAGCUACGCUAUUUUCAUUCACUUCUUCAAGAAAAAAAUCAGAGUCCAAAAAAAUAUGUCGAUGCUAUUGGAGAACUAGAACAAAAAGCACGUCAAUUUUAUGCUGAACCUAUAAGCCUUGAUUCAGAUGAAAUGAUCACAAUGAUGGUACUGGACGGCUGCUUUAUCAUUCAAUUGUUGCGGAAGUUUGAUAUGGAAUUCUUGAGAGAUGAGAAUGAUCCUAUUUUUAAAAUGGACUGGAUUUUUAAUAGGUUGCAGCGCGAUUUAAUGUUAUUUGAAAACCAAAUUCCGUUCUUUAUACUGUGCGAGUUAUUUGAUAUGAUCGAGGCACCAAACAACCAUAACAGGCUCAUUUAUUUGGCCUUGAAUUUUUUUAGUGAUCUUUUACCAGGUACCGGUAAAAGGGAAGAUGGAAAAGAGUCACACAGUAAGAGCAGUCAUUUACUCGGGUUGAUACACAGUAACUGGCGCCCCUCAUUUGCAGGGUUGGAGCCUGUUGAAGAUGCCUCAAAUAAAAAAGGAAAAGGGAACUGGCGAUUCAUUCCUAAUACAAGAGAGCUCCAAGAAGCUGGAGUUAAGAUAGAGAAGUUUGAGGUUACAGGAGGUAGCUUGUUUGAUAUCAAGUUCAAAAGUGGGGUAUUGCAGAUUCCACCUUUAACCAUUGAAGGCAGGACAGGGUCAUUCUUCAGAAACCUCAUUGCAUAUGAGCAAUAUAGUCCUGAUAGCCAACUCAGUUAUGUCACUGAUUAUGUGAAAUUUUUAGAUUGCCUCAUUGACUCUCCAAAGGAUGUCAAAAUACUUUCUCGUUGUGGUAUCAUUGAUAAUUGGUUAGGUGAUGAUGAAGCGGUUUCCAUCUUAUUUAACAAGAUUAGUGACACGGUCUCGGGGACAAGCACGCAUUUCCAGUAUGCUGAUAUCUUUAACAGGGUGAACAUCCAUUGCAGCCAGCCCUGGAAUCUGUACAGGGCAACUCUGAACCGGAAUUAUUUUAAUAACCCGUGGGCAAUGAUUGCAAUUAUGGCUGCUUUGGUAUUACUUCUACUCACUUUGACACAAACUGUAUUUACGGUUUUUCGCUGGAAAUUGUAAUUGUUGGAGCGACAAAAUAGAUGGUCACAACUUAUUGGUGAGAGUAUCAGUGUGCUCUUCUUUAUUGUCUUUAAACUCUCCGUUUGUAAUUACUUUGACAAUAUUCAUACAUAUAUGUAUAAUAUGUGUAUGUUUGCUCUGGAUAUUGAUUUGCUCUUCAGUGAAUUGUUCUCUUCUCCUCU